AGUAUUUGAUAUUCAUGCUUACUUUACAUGAGCAGUAAUUUCAUCAUUGUUUUUUUAAUCAAGACAUGGGUGCAGUUUAACCUCCACAGAUCUAUUUCUACAGAGUAAAGUUCGCAGUAAAUUAUAUGGGUGGGCUGUACAGGAUUUCAGUGGGUUAGAUCAGAUGUGUCAUUAGCAUAGCAGCGUCUGUCUGGAUGGGGAGCUGAGGGAAGGGGCGCAGCAGCAGCAGCCAGGGAGGCACAUUGGAAAUGCACUAACAACUUACUAUUGCGCAAGUGAUCGGCGAAUUAGGACACACUGAGAUGAAGUGGAGGAUGAAAGCGUGACUGGAUUAUACAGGUUAAAUUAGUCCAGAGGCACCAGAUGAGUGUUUUGUAGAAAAACGUGGGGCUCCGUGUCGGAGUGCUGCACUGAUGAUCUGAACACAGUUUGUAGCCCUCCAGUUGCUCUGGUUUCUGGCAUUUGGGCGGCUUUUGAACGUGUUGAGGGAGUUUCACCGUCCUGAGCUGAGGAAUAUUAAACAUGACCGUGGCAAAUGCAAAGUCUGGCAGAGCCAUGCAGCAGGUUCUGGAUAACCUGAAAGACCUGCCAUCUGGCACAGGAGCCAAAGAUAUUGACCUCAUCUUCCUCAAAGGCAUCAUGGAGAGCCCCAUCGUCCGGUCCCUCGCUAAGGCCCAUGAGCGCCUCGAGGAUGUGAAGUUGCAAGCUGUGCGGGAUGACAAUGUUCAGCUGGUCACAGAGAUCCUGGACUCCCUCAACAACCUGCCAGAACAAGAUGCUGCUGUUGCCGAGCUUGCCAAAAUCCUCCAGGAGCCUCAUUUUAAGUCUUUGAUAGAGGCUCAUGACAAAGUGGCUUCAAAGUGCUAUGAAAUGCCCCAUGCUGCGGUGAACAGCGAUGCCUCGAUGACGAGUUCACUCAUGCCAGCUGAUGCUGUCAGGAUGAUAGGCAUCCAGAAGAAAGCUGGGGAACCACUGGGGGUGACGUUCCGUGUAGAGCGGGGAGAGAUGGUGAUCGCACGGAUCCUGCACGGCAGCUCGAUUGACAGACAGGGCAUGCUGCACACAGGGGACAUUAUCCGCGAGGUGAACGGCCGUGAGGUCGGCAGCAACCCUCACGAACUCCAGGAGCUGUUGAGGGACUGCAGUGGGAGCAUCACGCUCAAGGUCCUGCCCAGCUACAGAGAUACACCGCCACCGCCGCAGGUCUAUCUGAAGCCACACUUCAACUAUAAUCCAGCCACAGACAACUUGAUCCCCUGUAAAGAGGCAGGCCUGGCCUUUUUCAAGGGAGACAUCCUCCAUGUAGUCAACAAGGAGGACCCCAACUGGUGGCAGGCACGCAAAGUUGUUGGUGGAGCCACCGGUCUCAUCCCCAGUCAGUUCUUAGAGGAGAAGAGGAAAGCUUUUGUGAGAAGAGACUGGGAUGCUUCUGGUAAUGGAAUGCUCUGUGGAACUCAAACUACAAAGAAAAAGAAGAAGAAAAUGAUGUAUCUCACAUCAAAGAAUGCAGAGUUUGACAGGUACGAGCUGCAGAUCUACGAGGAGGUAGCCAAGAUGCCACCAUUUCAGAGGAAAACGCUGGUUCUGAUCGGAGCCCAGGGAGUCGGGAGGCGGAGCCUGAAGAACAGACUUAUUGUCAUGAACCCCCUGCGAUACGGAACCACUGUGCCCUUCACGUCACGCUGUGCGAGGGAGGAGGAGAGGGACGGCCAGAACUACUGCUUUGUGACGCGGGAGCAGAUGGAGAAGGACAUCAAGGAGAGCCGUUACCUGGAGCACGGCGAGUACGACGGCAACCUUUACGGCACCAAGAUCGACUCCAUCCACGAAGUGGUGAAUGCAGGACGCACCUGUAUCCUGGACGUCAACCCUCAGGCCCUGAAAGUGUUGAAGACUGCUGAGUUUAUGCCAUUCGUGGUGUUUAUUGCUGCUCCUGAACUGGACACACUAAGAGCUAUGCACAAAGCUGUGAUAGAUGCUGGACUUACGACCAAGCUACUCACGGAGAACGAUUUAAAGAAGACUGUGGACGAGAGUGCCAGGAUCCGCCGGGCAUACAGCCACUACUUUGACCUGACCAUCGUCAAUGACAAUCUGGACAAGGCCUUCGACAAGCUGCAGGAGGUGGUCGAGCGAUUAUUCAUCGAGCCGCAGUGGGUCCCAGUCAGCUGGGUCUACUGAUGUGUGACAGAUGUGCGCUGUCCGAGCUCUUGGGCCUGGGAUGAAAAGAGGACACCUGAAGGGAAGGAGGAUUCGACACUGAACUUCACACGCGGACGAAGUGUUGGACAUCAGCCCUGUGUAAAUGUGGGUCUCGCGCAAAAAAACUUCAUCACAAAAGCUGAGUCACCUUGAUCUGAAUUGCCAGAUUCCUUUCAAGCACACUAUGCAACUCACCACACACAGGAAGUGUACUUAUUUAUUGGCAAAGUUAUUUUUUAAAGAAUACUUUCGAUUCAUGUGGAUUGGAAGAAACCGCUGGCCCGCGUGUCGGCGUUCUUUUUAAAAGCAGAAGCAAUUUUUGUCAUGUCCUGUUUUUAAUUUCACAUCUGUAUGUAAGAUAGUGUAUUUAUUCUGCAAAAAGGAUGAGGGCUAGCUCAUUUAAAAGAACAAUACCUCAGUGUUUACAGUUUACAGUGCGUAUGCCUCCAGUAAUUCAUCUCAUUCUGUCGCCACUGUAAAAGCUCAUGCAAACCAAUUCAUCUAGAAUAAUUUCAUGUUUUGACACCUUUUCCCUUCCUCAGAGCUACAAUAAUGCCCUCUUGCAGUUGAACCUCAUAAAUGGGACAUGUCAUGCCAGUCACUGUUUGAUAUUGUACAGAAGGAGCUGUAAUACUGUAGUGUUUACCCAUUGUUUCUGUUUCACUCAAGCACAACAGAUUACAUUAAUUAUGUUGAUUGUUUGUCAGACAUUUGGAUCAUGAGUGUCUUGUGACUGGUAGACCUGUCGAUAUGGUGCUGUGUUUGUGUUUGUUUGAAAAACUUUCCACAGGACUCUUGAACAGGGUACUGCAUCUCAGUGAACCAUCCCUUUUGAUGUGAUAUUACUAAAGCUUAACUGUUUUAAAUAAAAGUUCAUAUUGACUUAUAAAAAAGGUAUAUUUUACAAGAUUUCAGAAAAGAUGUAUUUUCAGAUGUUAAAUAAAUAACUGGUGUUUUCUAAUGA